GCGGAGGCCGGCGGCGCUCAGCCUGGUAGUGGACUGGGCGCGCGGCUCCUGGCUUCGGCCCUCCCGCCUCCGGCCUCCGCCGGCCGCCGCCAUCCGCCGCCGGGUGUGAAUGAAAGGCAGGCGCCGCCGGGGGCUGGCUGCAGGCGACGCGGCGACGCGGCCUCGCGGGAGGCGCUCGCACCGCGGAGAUGUACGGUGUGUGUGGCUGCUGUGGUGCCCUACGCCCCAGGUACAAAAGGCUGGUGGACAACAUCUUCCCUGAGGAUCCUGAGGAUGGCCUGGUGAAGACCAACAUGGAGAAGCUGACCUUCUAUGCCCUCUCAGCUCCGGAAAAGCUAGAUCGGAUCGGCGCCUACCUGUCCGAGAGGCUCAUCCGUGAUGUGGGUCGUCAUCGAUAUGGGUCCGUCUGCAUCGCCAUGGAGGCGCUGGACCAGCUGCUCAUGGCCUGCCACUGCCAGAGCAUCAACCUGUUCGUGGAGAGCUUCCUCAAGAUGGUGGCCAAGCUGCUGGAGUCAGAGAAGCCCAACCUGCAGAUCCUCGGCACCAACUCGUUUGUGAAGUUUGCCAACAUCGAGGAGGACACUCCAUCCUAUCAUCGGAGCUAUGACUUCUUUGUGUCCCGCUUCAGUGAAAUGUGCCACUCCAGCCACGAUGACUUGGAAAUCAAGACUAAAAUCCGAAUGUCGGGCAUCAAAGGACUGCAGGGAGUGGUGAGGAAGACGGUGAACGAUGAACUGCAGGCCAAUAUCUGGGACCCACAGCACAUGGACAAGAUUGUCCCUUCGCUGCUUUUCAACCUGCAGCACGUGGAGGAGGCGGAGAGCCGGUCCCCCUCGCCCCUCCAAGCGCCUGAGAAGGAGAAGGAGAACCCGGCAGAGCUGGCUGAGAGGUGCCUCCGGGAACUGCUGGGCCGGGCUGCCUUUGGCAACAUCAAGAACGCCAUCAAGCCUGUUCUCAUCCAUCUGGAUAACCACUCUCUGUGGGAGCCCAAGGUGUUCGCCAUCCGUUGCUUUAAAAUCAUCAUGUAUUCAAUUCAGCCGCAGCACUCCCACCUGGUUAUCCAGCAGCUCCUGAGCCACCUGGAUGCCAACAGCCGCAGUGCGGCCACCGUGCGGGCGGGCAUCGUGGAGGUCCUAUCGGAGGCCGCCGUCAUCGCAGCCACUGGCUCCGUGGGGCCCACGGUACUGGAGAUGUUCAACACUCUGCUGAGGCAGCUGCGGCUCAGCAUCGACUACGCCCUCACCGGGAGCUACGACGGGGCCGUCAGCCUGGGCACCAAGAUCAUCAAGGAGCACGAAGAGCGCAUGUUCCAGGAGGCUGUCAUCAAGACCAUAGGCUCCUUUGCCAGCACGUUGCCCACGUACCAGCGCUCGGAGGUGAUCCUCUUCAUCAUGAGCAAGGUCCCACUGCCCUCUCUGCACCACCCCAUGGAGACAGGCAGGACAGGGGAGAACAGGAACCGGCUGACCCAGAUCAUGCUGCUGAAAUCCCUCCUUCAGGUGUCCACAGGUUUCCAGUGCAACAACAUGAUGUCAGCCCUGCCCAGCAACUUCCUGGACCGCCUUCUGUCCACCGCCCUCAUGGAUGAUGCAGAGAUCCGUCUCUUCGUUCUAGAGAUUCUCAUCAGUUUCAUUGACCGUCAUGGCAACCGCCACAAGUUCUCGUCCAUCAGUACCCUGAGUGACAUCUCUGUCCUGAAGCUGAAAGUGGACAAGUGCUCCCGACAGGACACCGUCUUCAUGAAGAAGCACUCCCAGCAGCUCUACAGACACAUCUACCUGAGCUGUAAGGAGGAAACGAACAUACAGAAGCACUACGAGGCGCUCUACGGCCUGCUGGCGCUCAUCAGCAUCGAGCUGGCCAACGAGGAGGUGGUGGUAGACCUCAUCCGCCUGGUGCUGGCUGUUCAGGACCUGGCCCAGGUCAAUGAAGAGAACUUGCCCGUGUACAACCGCUGUGCCCUGUACGCGCUGGGCGCGGCCUACCUGAACCUCAUCAGCCAGCUCACGACCGUGCCUGCCUUCUGCCAGCACAUCCACGAGGUGAUAGAGACCAGGAAGAAAGAGGCUCCGUACAUGCUCCCUGAGGACGUGUUUGUGGAGAGGCCCAGGCUGUCUCAGAACCUGGAUGGAGUGGUGAUCGAGUUCCUCUUCCGCCAGAGCAAGAUCAGUGAAGUCCUCGGGGGCAGCGGCUACAACGCAGACAGGCUCUGCCUGCCCUACAUCCCUCAGCUGACAGAUGAGGAUCGCUUGUCCAAGAGGAAGAGCAUCGGAGAAACCAUUUCCCUGCAGGUGGAGGUGGAAUCUAGGAAUAGCCCCGAGAAGGAGGAGCGGGUGCCUGCAGAGGAGAUCACCUAUGAGACGCUGAAGAAGGCCAUUGUGGACAGCGUAGCUGUCGAGGAGCAGGAGCGUGAGCGGCGGCGGCAGGUGGUGGAGAAGUUCCAGAAGGCGCCCUUUGAGGAGAUAGCAGCCCACUGCGGGGCCAGGGCAUCACUGCUGCAGAGCAAGCUCAAUCAGAUCUUUGAAAUCACCAUCCGGCCCCCGCCCAGCCCGUCAGGGACCAUCACCGCUGCCUACGGCCAGCCUCAGAACCACUCCAUCCCCGUCUACGAGAUGAAGUUUCCGGAUCUGUGUGUGUACUGAAGUCCAAGAUGUGGAGCUCCUCCAAGCGGUGGGGCCCGAGAGGGGACUCACCCUCACCCCCACCCCCACUGUGUGCACAUCUCACUGGGAUCUCACAAAAGGUCACCUUGGGGGGCAGCACCUUCCCAGCUAAGCAAGGUGGAGCCCAGGCCCCCCAGCUUCCCCCUUGUCUUCCCCAGGGGGUCGGCCACCCACCCCUCUAGGGCCAAUAAGCCUCUCACCUUUCGUCUCCUCCUUUGUGUCAAGGGGCCAACAAUUGUGGGGCGUCUGAGGUCCUGAGGGGCUCCCAUGUGGUGUAACAAGUGAAAGGCUUUCAUGGUGUGAGGAUGGGAAGGGCACAGCUGCCUCCCCCGGACGGAACUACAUGGAGACGCAGUGGUCCGGGGAAGCCCUGCUGUGGGAGCUGGAAGACGGGGUGACUGUCUCCCCCAGAGCACCCCCUCCCUCUGGUACUGAGGCCCUCAAGUCCCCAGGAUCUCUCCUGCCCUCUGGCUCGCCCUGCCAGCUGUCUUUUCGUGACUCUGUGUGUUACUAAUUAAUGUUGAGCCCUUGUAGCAGGAGCGGGGCAGACGUCGCAGGGGGUGGGGGGUCAGCAAAGGAGGAAAUGAAGGGCGGCCAGCCACUGGUGAGGGGGCUCUCCCCAGGCCGGGCCUGCCUCCUCCCACCCCGCCCCGCCAGAGCGGAGCGGCCGGCAGCAGCGGGCAGACCCCUCUGCAGGGUCUCACCACCUUCCUGGCUCAGAGGGAGAUCGCUUGGCCCUCCCACGGCUCUCUCCCUUCUGGGUGUUUCUCUGAGUUGAGCUCUCUCUCUUUGUUACUUUUCUUCCCGGGGAGCCCCCCACUCCCACCCCAUGCUUCUAUAGCCUCUGGGUUGAGGGAGGGCAGUUCCAGCUAAUCUGGUUCCAAAUGACUCAAAAGAGGAAGCACAGCAGGGCCCAGGCUGGCCCACGUAUCACCGCCUGUGGGCACGGCUCCCUGCCAGCUGGGGUGGGGGGUGGGGGGCAGUGCUGGGCAGGGAUAGCGGUGGGGGAACCAGCACUUAGGGACUCUGGGGCAUCAGAAGUCAACCUUUUGGAUGUUUCCUUUGAGGAAGAAGAAUCCAGCACCUGAUACUGGAAUGGUUUUCUUUUUUCUUUUUUACUCUUUGGACACAGUCUGGGCCUGAGCUCCAGCUGGCAAAGCUUCCGGCCUGGGGUGGGCGUUGGAGAUGCCUUUGGAUUUUCCGUCUCUCCUGAGUCCGGUCGGCCUGUCUGCGUGCAGGGGAAGCAGGAGGCUGUGCCCUCCCGGGGCCUUCCCGUCUCCAUCCCCGGGGCUCCCCCUGUAAUGGCGCCCUGUGGCCCCAAGUAGUUCUCAUCCAGUGAGGCCAUGAGGCCCCAUUCACAGUGAGGUGUGACUAGCCAAGUGAUUCUUCCCUGGUUAAUUUGUUUUUUAGAGAGAGGGAGAGUGAAUAGAUUUCUCAACCCAAAGGAACCCCGUUAGGGUGCAGUUUUAGGCAGUGUGAGGCGGGGUCAGAAGCAAGCUGCCCCUGCUAAGGGGGCAGCAGGCCUUUCAGGACGUGCUGGGGCACACCCCUGCGCGGCACCCCCGCGUGACACCCCUGCGUGGUCUGCACAGGUGCCCAGUGAGGGCCUGAUGUUCCCGACAGAUGGGUGUAUUUUCUCAAAUAGGGAGAAACCUAACAUACGCCUUUGCCAUUACAUGAGCAGUCAUCUCUGGGGCAGCGGGCUUCCUGGCCCUUGUUCCUUGAGUUUUCCCCCUUGGGCGCUGCCUCUGCGCUCUGGGCCUGCAGCUUCCGGACACCGGCAUGAUUUCCAGGCCUGAGAGGGCCCAGCUCCCGCUCCCCUUGUGGCUGUUAGCUAGUGCUCAGCCUAACUUUACACGCAUGAACUGAGAUUUCUCCUUACUUCAAUAUCUCCCUAUUAAGAAACCACAUUUCAAAUAACUUGAAACAAAUUUGAAGGCAAAACACCUUGCAAAGAAACUUCACAGGAAACCUAAAUCUUGAGCCACCCACAUAUCUUUCCCCACAGGAUCUUCCCAGCUGUGUCCCCUGCUCGGCUCUGCUGAGAACCCCUGUUUCUUUCUUGUGCCUCCUUGACUUGAGGGUCCACUCCUGUGGCCACACCACCCUGAGCACUGCCCUGGGGACCCUGGCUCUGGGAUGUGAGUAGCGUGGCCCUGGAGCCUCGUUCUAGAGCCAGCGUAGGACCAGGGGCCUGCAGGUCCUCUCAGGAGUCAGUCCCUCGUCCCCACCCUGGGAACAGAGUGAAGAAAAGGGUGCAUUCUUCAUACACUCAGCUUCUCUCUCCUCUUCUCUGUCCAAAGCAGCUUUUUCUUUCCAUCACAGCUGCCUAACCAAGAGGUGCUUCUUUGGGAGAACCGGCCGGUUUUUUUUGUUGUUGUUGUUUUGUUUUGUUUUGUUUUUGAGUGUCCUCUUCCCAGUUUCGAUUUAAACCCACACUCGGUAGAAUGCCAGGCUGCCUGCCAACGAGAGGUAGAACCUGGGUCCCGGCCAAGCAUGCCUCAGAAUCAGAAAGUGUCAGGUGAGUGUUAACCCACACAGACAAUUAAAUGCUAAACUAAGCAGCCUCCUUUCCCCCACCCCUUCACCCCUCCACAAGCCCUGGGGAAGGACGCAAAGCAGUUUGGUGGGUGCCCGGGGCCCUCAGGCCCUCGGCCUAGCGUCUGUCAGUGCCUCCUCCCUUCCCAGCCCCGCAGCAUCGGACAGCGCUGUGUCUUUGCUGGCCCUUUCUGCCGCCCUUCUCUGUUGUGAUCUUGAGCCAGCAAGCCCAUCCAGACCAGCUGCUCCGCAAAGCCGCUGAGGACUCUUGCUUCCCGGGCAAGGGGUCGGCUGGGUCAGCACUCUGCUGACGGAACUUAACAGGCAUGAAAGUAGCUGAGAUUAGGAAGUUCUGUUAAUUUGGUUGAGUCCUGUCUGUGCAUAAGAAGCAGGUCAGCAGAAAGCACCCGCAUUCUGCAGGCUCCUCCUGUUUUCCCUGCAGUGGGGUCCCCAGUGCCCUGUGCCUGUUCCUAUUUUCCUCUCUCUGAAAAGUAGAAAUAAGUGAUUUCUUGACUCCUAAAUGCCUCCUCUCCAGAGGAGGAACCCGAGCAGGGCAGAAGAAGAACUAGAAAAGUCCUCUGAUACUCUCCGCUGCCCAGCCCUCCGCUGGUAUAAAUGAGCAGCGCGAAGGUGGGGCUGGGACUGACUGAGUGCUGGAAGAAGCGUGAGGGUCACGUACGUGCUGCCCUUUGCCCCGGAUGUUCCGGGCCCCAGAGAACGUUUCAACUGGCUUAAGAAUUAGAACAGCCUUGGAGUACCUUUAAAUGACACAAAGGCCAGAAUUCUGGGCUUCUCUGGAGGCCUCUGGGUCACGAUACCUUCCAGCUGCUAUUUCAUGAUCCCCAGUCCUUCUGACCUGGAUAAAGAGAGUGUCAUUGAGAAGCGAGGCUAUUUCUCCCCACCCCUCCUCAUGACCAUGGACUGGCACCUGGCCAGUUGGGGGGCCUGUGGGAAAGAACUAGACCAGAGCUGUUAGGCUGAGCAUGAAGUGUGAAGAGGGACAAGGAGGUCGGCUCACUUGGGCAGGCCGCGCCCGCUCCCCCGACCCAUAGACCUGGCAGGCAGCUGUACUGAAACAAAACAUCCUCCUUAUGCCUGGGAGACAGUUUAGGACAGUGUGUUGCUUCUUCCCCCUAUUAACCCUAGAAAUCUUCUGGUCCAAGUGGCCCCUUAUCCCAAACCUGGCUACGUUUGCAGACGGGAAGGAUGGGCAUAGGCCUUGCCAGCUGGGGACGUGGGAAGAAGACACAGGGGCUGCGGCUGGGGAUCUGCGGCCUGUUGGGGUCAGAAGGCAGUUUCCUGUGCCCUCUUUUUGCACCAGCCGGGAUGACCAGCACUUUUCUCCCGGAGACCUUAGGGCCUCAUCAUCUCCCCCUUUUGAGCUCUUCUUCCCUGACUGACUGUUGACUCUGGCCUGUGGAGUGCGGAGCUGUGACUCCACAGAUGCUGCAGCUCAUACGUGGUAUCAUGUCCGUGUCCAUUCAGACCUUCAGAGCCUGGCUGAGAGUGUGUGCCCGCGUGCGUGCACAUGUGUGUAGUUCCUAGUUGACGAUGUAUGUAUAUAAUAGCUGACAUAUUUAUAUGGGAGUGCAGAAUUAGUGCCUGUAGCAGUUUUCUGUGUUUUAAACUCAUUGAGUCCAAUUAGUUUUAAGGAAAGGGAAAGAAAAGUGUGUGGCGGGGGCGGGGGGUGGGGAGUGUAGGAAGAAGGGCUCUUAUAGCAAGAUCAUUCUGUAGAACUAUUAGUCGUGGUUUCCCAAUGAGC